AUGCCUGAAGGGCCUCCCCCAUCCCCCAGUCUCCGCGACGGCUGCCCUGGCUCCGCCAUACCUGACGAAGAUGAGUACUUUCAACCAACACCGUUGAUAGUCUUCUCUGUCGCUCGUGAUACUCAACGGCUGAUGCUUCGCCGUUCACACUACCUACGCCUUGGUCCACGGAGAGUUAAUCGGGUUAUGCGUCCUCGGGGAAAUGUCCAUGCAAAUGUCAACACUGACCUCGAUACUGGCCUUGAGCACUGA